UCUUUCUCUCUUCUUCAAUAUUAUUGGCAUUUUUCUUUUCCUUUUUUAAAAUGUUUGUGAAAAUUAAUCAUUUUUUUCUCAAUUUUGUUUAUGGGAUAUCAAGAUUGUUAAGAGUUAGGUGACCAUUUGAUUAAUUAAGCUGUUGUACUGAAAUUUUUGUGCUUAGAGGAAAAAAUCACGUUUAACUGGAUUUAUUGACUUGGUGCUUAGAUGGGUUUCCAAUAGAUUUCACUUUUUCAUGAUUCUUGCUUAAUUUUUAUUUUAUUUUGGACUUUAUGUGUUUUAUGGAAAAUACAACCAUUCUUGAAAAUGUGAUGUAUAUUUUGUUGGAUAACCGUGGUGUCUGGGCCAGCUUACGCGCUGUUGGUAAUUGAAUGAAUCUGAGACCUCAUGGUGCUCAAUCCACUUCAUUGAAUGACUAGGCCACACCUUAGGUGUGACAAUGUCCUCGGAUAUGUUGCAGCAGUUAUAUACAAAAAUUUGUCAAGGGCACAUUUGCUUUUAUAAAGAAAGUUCUCUCCAGAUCACAGUAUGGAGCUGUAAAAUAUGAAACAGACCUGUAAAGUUGCAUCUGUUGGCUCUGCGAUUGAUGCUUCAUUUGUACUUAUACCGUUCCCCCUGCUAUUUGCGGGUUGUAAUUUUGUUUUUGUUUGUUUUAGGUUCUUGUAUGUGAGAUUUUGUAUAUAGUGUGUAUGAGGAGAGGUAGAGGUAGGCUGAAGCAAUAUUGGGGAGACUUGAUUAGGCAGGACAUGACACAACUUCAACUUAUCGAGGAUAUGACCCUAGAGAGGAACGUAUGGAGGCUGCGGAUUACAUAGAAAGUUAGUUGGUAGUUGAGCUUUGUCUUGCUUUUCAAAGCUAACUGCAAAGAAAGGAGCUUUUACUUUGAUUAAGCUCAAAUGGGGUGGAAAAGUUAUCAGAAACUCAUUCAUCAGUGGAGAAUUCUCAGAGGAGAUAAUGUCAUGAUUAUCAGAGGAAAAGAUAAAGGCGAGACUGGUAUCGUUAAGCGUGUCGUACGUUCUCAAAACCGUGUAAUUGUCGAGGGGAAAAACUUGGUCAAGAAACAUAUCAAACAAGGGCAAGGCCAUGAAGGUGGAAUAUUUACAGUUGAAGCCCCGCUGCAUGUAUCCAAUGUUCAGCUUGUAGAUCCAGUCACAGGGAAACCAACCAAGGUCGGAAUUAGAUACCUGGACGAUGGCUCCAAAGUAAGAGUGUCGAGAGGUAUAGGAGCAUCAGGUUCUAUAAUUCCCCGGCCCGAGAUCUUAAAAACAAGAACCACACCAAGGCCUACAGUUGCUGGUCCUAAGGAUACUCCAAUGGACGUUGUCAUGGAGAGGACAUAUGAUCCAAAAACAGGAAAAGGCAUGCCAGAUCUCUAAAGAAAAUGUGGUGCAGAAGCUAGUAAUCUAAUGCAAUACUUUUGUGAGAACACGGUUGUUAUUUAUUUCAUUUUAGAAACUCUUAACACUGUUUGUCUUUAGACCAACAGAAUUUGCUGUCUCCUUUGUAACAGAUAAAUAUCGUCAACCGUGAGAAUUAUGGUAAGAGAACAUAAAAGUUUUUGGCAGUUGUAUCAUGUUUGAAUGUCUUCAUCAAUAUUUAAGCUAAAGUUUUUUUUUGA